GUUUCGCGUGCGAGUGACAGGCCAUGCUUCCGCCUGGUACUGCUCUACCGUUGGGGACUCCGGCCCCUGGCUGUGCUUCCGGUGCUUCCGGUGCUUCCGUUGCUGGCGGCCGGAGCUUUUGCCGGCUACCUUGUCCAAGCCCACCCCGGACAGCAACAACAGCAGCCGAUGUUUACCACCAGCCCUCCGCCGGAGACGCAGGUGUACGACCCGGCUUUGUUAACGACGGAGCUGGAGGCAGUGCAGACGGAGGGAAAAAUACUUGAAGACGUGGUGGAGGAGGUGGUGAGGACGUGCGCCUUCGAAGGGGUUGUCCUUUCUACCGCGAAGUCGACGAGGUGUCGCGACGGCGGAACGGAUCGUGUGGACAUGAAGAAGCUGAUUUGUACUCGAGGCGGGGGUAGCCGGCAACUGGAGCACGAAGCCAGGCUUGACACCGAACCUGGGGUAAUACGGCGGAACAGGAAAGGAAGCGCGAGGACUGGUUGUCAGUUUGAGGUUAGCGUCCGGCACGCGAACUCCCACCCUCGGCCCAAGAUUACCAACAUAAAGCUCGGGCACAACCACGUAGUCGACCGCCAGGCUAUGGCCGUGAAGCUCCGCCUCGCCGGAAAGCUAACGGAGGAGCAGCGGGGACAAGUGGAGAAGAUGACAAGUAAGGGGAUGAAGCCCAAAGCUGUGCAUGAAGCAAUCCAGGCGUUACACGAGGACAGCGACAUCGAGAUCAACAGGCGCGCGGUGCAGAACGUGGCUGCCAGUGUGCAUGGGGCGGAGAAGCCGAGGGAUGCUGCCGAUGCAUACGAAGAGGUCAUGGCCGUCACUGCCGACGGCGGAGUGUGCGAGAUCAAGAUGGAUGACAGCGGCCGCCUGACGCAUAUCUGGUGGCAAACGAGAGAGCAGAUGGCGCUUUGGAAUCGGUACCGCAUGCCCCUCGGCGUGCUCGCCGUCAUCGAUUCGGAGUAUCGGACGCGAAUCGUCGGCCAAAGCAUAACGGCGGACACCACAACGAACACUUUCGUGUGGAUGUUGAAGAGUGCGUUGAGGUCUCGCGGAGGGAAGCAGCCAGAUAUCUUCAUCCAGGACGCGGAUGUGGCCAUGACGGCGGCGGUGCGCGAGGUGUUCCCGGACGCGCUGGCGAGGCGCUGCUUAUGGCACCUCUACCAACACAUCAUGAAGGCCCUCGCUAAAGACCUUGGCGGGCAGAUGAAGGCCGGUAGCUCAUGCGCCGAGGCCCUAACUCAAGCAACACCCACCUCGCCUGCUUCGUUCCGGGGACGGUCUGCCUGCUCGUGCUUUGCGCAGGCUUUCAUGGACGAGUUCAGGUGUGUGCGUCAGCAGCUGUCACUGGCGAAGUUCGAAAGGAAGUUCAACGCCCUCAUCGCCAAGUACCCGCAGACGGAGAAGUACAUGCGAGCGGUAUACGACGACCGCACGCGGUGGGCGGAAUAUGUGUCGCCUCUGGUUUUCUCCGUGGGUUCGUGGACGACACCAAGAGUUGAAGUGCAAUUACUUUUUCGGGAAUCAUCUGCUCCCAGAAGGAUGCAUCCGCGCGGCGUGACGCUAUCGACCACCUGCCGCCUGCUCGAAUGGCUACUCCAACCGACGACCGCUUUCAAAAGUGUCUUGGAGUCCUGCGAAUUCUCCAUCGCGGCCUGGCCGCGGCGGUUAAUGGAGCAAGAGAUGACCGCGGCCAUCUUGUAUUGCCAGAUAGAUGGUGGGUAG